AUGUCCGCCGAGGCUACCAUCCGCCCGGCCGAGCCCGUGGCCAAGGGCGUGCUGGCGACGGCGCGGCAGGCAUGGGGCGACCUGUGGAAGUGGGACCAGCGCGUCGAGGUGGUCAACGAGUACGGCGAGAAGCGCACCGAGUGGCACACGCCGCCACCGCUCAAGAACCCCAUCAGCCUCAUGGCCCAGCUGUCGGCCAAGGACUGGCUCUUCUUCAUCGUCGGCUUCUCGGCCUGGACGGCCGACGCCUUCGACUUCCACGCCCUGUCCAUCCAGACGGUCAAGCUGUCAAAGUACUACCAGACCUCCAAGACCGACAUCACCACCGCCAUCACUCUUACUCUUCUGCUGCGCUCCGUCGGCGCCGCCUUCUUCGGCCUGGCCGGCGACAAGUACGGCCGCAAGUGGCCCAUGGUCGUCAACAUGAUUGUGCUCGGCCUGCUGCAGAUUGCCACCAUCUACUGCCGCACCUUUAACGAGUUCCUGGCGGUGCGCGCCUUGUUUGGCCUCUUUAUGGGCGGAGUCUACGGAAACGCCAUCGCCAUGGCCCUCGAAAACAGCCCCGUCGACGCCCGCGGCCUCAUGUCGGGCAUCCUGCAGCAGGGCUACUCGUUCGGCUACGUGUGCGCGGCCUGCGCCAACCUGGGCGUGGGCGGCGACAUCGAUUCGUGGAAGACGGUCUUUUGGAUUGCCGCCGGCAUCUCCAUCUUCGUCGGCCUGGUCCGCUGCCUCUUCCCCGAGUCGCCGCAGUUCAUCGAGGCGCGCAAGGCCGGUAAGAACAAGGCCAACCCGUCGGCCUUUUGGAAGGAGACCAAGGUCAUGCUGGCGCAGGAGUGGAAGUUGUGCCUGUACUGCAUCAUCCUCAUGACGUGGUUCAACUACUACAGCCACACGAGCCAGGACAGCUACACCACCUUUAUGCUGUCCGAGAAGCAGCUCGACAACUCGGGCGCGUCGCGCGCCUCCAUCCUCAUGAAGGCCGGCGCCUGCGUCGGCGGCACCAUGAUCGGCUACGUGUCGCAGUGGCUGGGCCGCCGCCGCGCCAUCAUCCUGUCCGCCGUCGUCAGCGCCUGCCUGAUCCCGGCCUGGAUCAUGCCCACCGACGAGCGCAGCCUGUCGGCCUCGGGCUUCUUCAUGCAGUUCUUCGUCCAGGGCGCGUGGGGCGUCAUCCCCAUCCACCUCAACGAGCUGUCGCCCCCGGCCUUCCGCUCGUCCUUCCCGGGCAUCACGUACCAGCUCGGCAACAUGAUCUCGUCGCCCUCGGCCCAGAUCGUCAACGCCAUCGCCGAGAACACCUUUAUCCGCAACCACGCCGGCAAGAUGGUCGAGGCCUACGGCCCCACCAUGGGCAUCGCCACCGCCAUCAUCGCUGUGGGCAUCGCCGUCACCACCGCCUUUGGCCCCGAGAAGCGCGGCCGCCAGUUCGAGAAGGCCCUGCCCGCCGGCCACGCCGCCGGCGCCGGCGCCGGCGCCGCUGCCGACUCCAAGGUCGUCGAGGAUGACCUCGAGGCCGGCCACGGCAGCACCUCGGACAGCGCCGCCGAGAAGAUGAACGAAGCCGGCGGCGCCCACGUCGAGAAGGCCUAG